UGAGGAGGAUGCAGAUGCAUUGUGGCUUUUAGCUUUUUACUAGCACUGACGCCUUAGUCAGGGUACCAACAUUGGGCGAGAGAAACAAGGACCACGUUAUCAGGCUACGUUGCUAACCUCAGACUCCGCAGCCCGUUGCGUCAAAGACAACCACGAACGAACCCUUCUCGCUCCUUGAGGUCAGUUUGGAGGGCCUCCUGUCAUCUCCAGCUCAGGUUGGUGGAGGCCGAGUGCUGAGAGACGUUCCUUGUCAUGGCAUCCAACAGCAUCUUUGACUCCUUCUCCAACUACAGCAGCAGUCUGCUCAGAGAGCCGCCCACCACCAGACGGUUCACGCCGCCCUCCACGUCCUUCACCUGUAGUAAGCUCGUAGACGGCACCGGGGCCAUGGCGACCCCGGGGCCGCUCAGGGCCAGACCCGACACCAGGAAUGUGGUGGACGUCCUGGCGGACCACGCCGGCGAGCUGGUCCGGACCGACAGCCCCAACUUCCUGUGCUCGGUCCUGCCGUCCCACUGGAGGUGCAACAAGACUCUCCCCGUGGCGUUUAAGGUUGUGGCCCUCGGCGAUGUCCCUGACGGCACUCUGGUCACCGUCAUGGCCGGGAACGACGAGAACUACUCGGCCGAGCUGAGGAACGCCUCCGCCGUGAUGAAGAACCAAGUGGCCCGUUUCAACGACCUGCGCUUCGUUGGGAGAAGCGGACGAGGAAAAAGCUUCACGCUGACCAUCACAGUUUUUACCGGACCGCCUCAAGUGGCCACAUACCACCGCGCCAUCAAGGUCACUGUGGAUGGGCCACGUGAACCACGAAGACACAGAGUGAAGAUGGAAGACUCUCAGAAGCAAUUUUCGGACAGGCUGUCAGAAAUCGAACGCUACCAGAGAACCAUGCGAAUAGGUCCGGUGAACAAUAACCCUCGGCCCCUUCCCCAAAGUCACCUAAGCACCACACCAGCAGCCCUGUGGCAAGAUCAGAUGGACACCCCUUCUCUGAAGACGUGCAAGGUGGAGGAAGACCUCAGACCAUGGCCAGGGACAACCGAUCUAUUCCAGCAGAGGACCUCCUUCCCGUCUCCCCUGACCGACCCCCGCUUCUCAGACCCCCGCAUACAUUACCCAGGGGCCUUCCCUUACUCCACCAACACUUCCAGCACUGGCAUCAGCGGCCUCAGCAUGUCUGCUCCAUCGAGAUACCACACCUACCUGCCGCCUCCCUACUCAAACAACCAGAGCCAAAACUUCCAAUCCAACUCCUACUUGUAUUACGGCACAGGAUCUGGGUCCUACCAGUUCUCCAUGGUUGCAAACACCGGAGGUGAGCGCUCCCCUACCCGUCUCCUCUCCUGCUCGGGUGCCUCGGGCACCGGUGGCACCAACAGUCUGAUGAACCCAAGCCUGAACACCCAGAGCGAGGGCGUAGACGCUGACGGCAGCCACAGCAAUUCCCCCACGGCCAUGAGUGCCUCGGGCCGUCUGGAUGAAUCUGUCUGGAGGCCUUACUGACUGGUAGACGCUUGGAACCCGGUGAUACGGGAAGGGUGGAAAAGUGAGGAGAAUGAUGAACAAAAUCCCGAACACUGAAAGAAAAGAAGCAAAAAAAGAGAUAAAAGAUGCAUGUUUGUCUUUCAUUUCCAUAGCAGUCGCUUAUUAAGACAUUCUGCAUUUGAAGUUGACAGAACGUCCACGUAUUUUGUAAACUCUUGUGUGAAUUUUUGCACUGUGCUAAGAUAUGUACCCUUUAAGCCUAUAAAAAGCCAUAUGAACUGAGAGAAGCCAUAUACUGUAGUUAACAGCAGACGGUGGACAGACUCUUCAGACUGAGUCAGCCCUCAUGAGGGUGAACGAGAGCAACCAGACUGAAUGUUUGCCCCGUGAGUGACUCAGACAUCCCUCCAAGGCUUGGCUCCACUGCUGUAGCAAUCAGUCCUUCUAAGCUUCCACUUGGAAUUAUGCAAAAACAUGAUGUCAAACAUAUUUUUUAAAAAUACCCCAAGGUUGCAUCCUAAGCGUCAUCAUAUGCCCAGAUGGCCCUAACUUAUUAUUCAAAUAGACACCUUGGCGAUGUUGUAUGCAGGUUGGCUUCAGUACAAUGUACGUCCUCUGCUGUGACAUCAGUGAAUCAAGUUUGAGAAAGAUGGACGACAAUAUUUGGAGGAAUGUACAGAGGAGAGUUUUCUCUUUUUAGUCCCUGCAGGAAUAAGCCCCUUGACUCUUUGCCUUUUAUUGAGGCAUUCUGGUGUUUUGGAACUGGAUGACACGGUUUACGUUUUGAUAUUUAUUUGAGCCAAAUUCUGAGGAAAUGUGUGCGUCUCCCCCCACAUCCUUAAAGCAUUUCUCUUCGUCUUUCCUCUUUUUAUAUAUAUAUUUUUUACAGUAUAUGGAUAUCAUGUUUUGUUGUUAAGUAUACAUUUGGAAUUCGUGUAAUAUAUUGCAACUAAAUUAUGAAAAAAACAAAGCUUUAAUGUUAUUAUUUUGUCUUUCAAUGUAGCUUUGAUGCACUAAAAAUCUUUAUUCUAUAUGAACCACGCCCAACUUUGUUUGUGAGAUGGUAGCUAAACCCUUCAUCUUUUAAUUUUCCCAAAUUUACCUUCCUGUGCUUACAAGACAUUUGCUUAAUUUUUGCACUAUUCCAAUUAUGAUUCCCCACCCCCAGCCCUGUUUCCUACUUACAGACAUCUAAAAACCUACAUUUGUGCAUUUCCGUGUACGUAUUUGCUGAACACACAUGCACAGCUCCUAAUUUAACAUCCAUGUACAUACCGGCAUCACAGAUGUGUGUGUUAGUGCGUACACUUUCCUUGUAGCUACCCUUGUGAGCCUUCAAUCGCUGAAGAAGGUAGAAGAGAGGGAUGUCAGGGAGGUCACAGUGGUGUCUUCUUACCAACACCAAAGGCGAUUAUACCAAAGAAGAAAGCUGUCUACUGGUUACAGGCCCUUUGUUCUGGUUAAUCUGUAAGGACUUUGAAACCUUUAUGGCCUUCAAUGUUGCUUUUGGACUAAUUUAAUCAUUGGUGCCAGGGGCUCAUGACUCUGGCACUAUUUCAUACACCCACAUAAGAUGAUCUUCUGUGUAUCAGGUAUCAAGCUAAGAGAAGAUCUUCCACAACAUGAGUCAUGAUUCUAAAAGUUGUUUGGUUCCAAAAUGAGAGAAUAGUGAGCCAAAAAAGAAUGAGCAUUUGCUCCAAGUUAUGCAAUCAUACAGUCUUUAUUUCUCUACCGUUCAAUCAAUUUCUAGAGCACUUGUCCUUAUUAGGGUCAUGGAUGAGGUGGAGCCUAUCUCAUCUAACUUUGGGCAAGAGGUUGGGAACACCAUUGACUGCUUUCCAGUCAAUCACAGCCUUAUUCCUCUUACUAUGUCACAUUCCUGUCUCCUUGUGCUACAGAGGAAAAGCACCUUCCCUGCCCCCCUUUACAAUGUGGUUGAAGACUUUUAUUGUAGCAAAAAAAAAAAAAAAAAACGCAGCUACAGAAACAAAACAAACAAAAAAAAAUAUUUAUACAGUGUAAAAAACAGUGAAUGAUGGCUGUGUGGUAAAAGUCAUGUCAUUCUUAAUGUAAAACUAGGAAGCCAAAUUGUAUCCGUGAAUUGUAUUUUAAUGUAUAUUGGAUUAAUGGCCACAAUACUACUUGCUUGUUUCUUUUCAAAAGAAUUCCCAUUUUCUUUCAAUGUACCAAAAACCUUAAUUGCUUUCUUUGUUUUUAUGCUCAAAGCAUGUACAUGAGAUGUUAAUUUAAAGAAUCCCUGUAUGUAUUAAUAUCAUUCAUGUUUCCAUAUGAGUGCUUGUAAAGUUUGCAGA